CCGCAUUGUUCUUCCUUGUCUCUCUUGUAUUGUAAUCGAAUAUCGAGGGGAAAAGAUCGCAAACCCUAAAAAUCGACGAGGAACAAGGGUUUAUUGAUCUGUAAUGACGUUGUAGUCAUUUUGCUGCACUUUUCUAUUGCUGUGGAUUUGGAUUCUUCCGUCAUCGUUACGAAUCCUGUUCGUUCCAGCAUUUUCUUGUCUGUUCAAGUUCAUCAUGGUAGCAACUGCUGCUACAUCCGCGUUUUAUCCUAUUUCUUCUUUGUCUUCGUCUUCCGACCCUAAAAUAAAGAACACCAAAAUUGGAGGUCGCACUGGGAAUUUGGGGGGGUUCAAGUCUAAAUCUGUGUCUUCUGGAAGUCUUCAGGUGAAGACUAAUGCCCAAGCUCCUUCCAAAGUAAAUGGAAGCUCAACUGGCUUCAAGGCUGGGGAUGACUUCAUAUCAUCUCACCCACGAACUUUUAUUAAUCAGCUGCCUGACUGGAGCAUGCUACUUGCUGCUAUUACUACUAUCUUUUUAGCAGCUGAGAAGCAAUGGAUGAUGCUCGACUGGAAACCUAGACGGCCGGACAUGCUUAUAGAUUCGUUUGGUUUGGGAAGGAUCGUUCAGGACGGUUUUGUGUAUACCCAGAAUUUCUCUAUUAGAUCCUACGAAAUUGGUGCUGAUCGUACAGCUUCUAUAGAGACUUUAAUGAAUCAUUUACAGGAAACUGCCCUUAAUCAUGUUAAGACUGUUGGGCUACUUGGAGAUGGAUUUGGUUGUACGCCAGAAAUGUGCAAAAAGAACCUGAUAUGGGUAGUUACCAAGAUGCUGAUUAUGGUAGACCGUUACCCUACUUGGGGUGAUACUGUUCAAAUAGACACUUGGGUCAGUGCUUCUGGAAAGAAUGGCAUGCGCCGUGAUUGGCUCGUGUAUGAUUGCAAAACUGGAGACAAUUUAACAAGAGCCUCCAGUACCUGGGUUAUGAUGAAUAAACAGACGAGAAAGUUAUCAAAGAUUCCUGAGGAAGUGAGGAGAGAAAUAGAGCCUAACUUUAUGAAUACUGCUCCUGUUAUUGAAGACGUAGGCAGGAGACUUUCAAAAAUCGAUGACGAUACAGCUGAUUACGUUCGAAUGGGUUUGACUCCUAAGUGGAGUGAUUUAGAUGUCAACCAGCAUGUUAAUAAUGUGAAGUACAUUGGGUGGAUUCUGGAGAGCGCCCCGCCACCGAUAUUAGAGAGUCAUGAACUUUCGUCCAUCACGUUGGAGUACCGGAGGGAAUGUGGGAGGGACAGUGUGUUGCAGUCCCUCACUGCUGCCACUGGUACGGACAGUGCGACUUCGUCAGCUGCUGGUGUCGUUGACUACAAUCACUUGCUUCGGUUCGAUGAUGGGACCGAGGUUGUGAGAGGAAGAACACAGUGGCGACCCAAAUUUGGCAACAAAUUUACCAUCCUAGACCAUAUUUCAGCCGACCAUGGAAUUUAAGCUUCCUCGCUAGACCUCUCAACAGAGCACAAUCCAUGGUUUGGGAUGGGAUCAGGUCGCGUUCGGGUUCGGGUUCGGGUUCUUCUUGGAGAAUUUUUCGUUUCUACUGGAAUUAAUGAGAUGAGUCUUAAGAUAUAUAAAUAUUUUGACUUACUGUUUAAUUUUUAAAUUUAAUGUAAUUAUUGAAAUCUUAUACUUUUAACAUUAGCCACCGUUAUAUUUCUUAAAUUUUUAUUACAAUAUAUAUUGACGU